UGGCAGGUGUCCCCAGUCCUUACCUUCUUUCUGCCUUGCAGCAUCUCUGCCCUUUGUCAUCCUGACGCUGGUGAACUCCCCGUACAAGCGGGGCUUCUACUGCAAUGAUGACUCCAUCCGCUACCCCUACAAGGCGGACACCAUCACCCAUGGCCUCAUGGCUGGGGUCACCAUCACCUGCACUGUUGUCAUUAUCUCGUCAGGGGAGGCAUAUCUGGUCUACACGGAGCGCCUCUACUCCAAGUCAGAGUUCAACAACUACCUGGCUGCCCUCUACAAGGUGGUGGGGACCUUCCUCUUCGGCGGGGCCAUCAGCCAGUCCCUGACCGACCUGGCCAAAUACAUGAUCGGCCGUCUGCGGCCGAACUUCCUGGCUGUCUGCAAUCCUGACUGGUCCAAGGUGAACUGCUCCAUCUAUGUGCAGCUGGAGAACAUCUGCCAGGGGGAGAGCAGGAACGUCACCGAGUCCAGACUGUCCUUCUAUUCUGGACACUCCUCCUUUGGGAUGUACUGCAUGAUGUUCCUGGCGCUCUAUGUGCAAGCCCGGCUGGUGUGGAAGUGGGCCCGGCUGCUGCGCCCCACCAUCCAGUUCUUGCUCAUCGCCUUUGCCAUCUACGUGGGCUACACCAGGGUGUCCGACUACAAGCACCACUGGAGCGAUGUGCUGGCGGGGCUGCUCCAAGGAGCUCUCAUUGCCGUCCUCAUCGUCCGUUACGUCUCUGACUUCUUCAAGCACCGUCCACCGCGGCAGUGUGACGAGAAGGACCUGGAGCGCAAGCCCAGCCUGCCGCUCACCAUGAGCGACCCCGACCGCAAUCACUACAGCUACCGGGGCGCCCCGUGA